AUGGAGAAAAUUAAUGUUUCGAAGUUUAUGGGAGUAUUGCUUGCAUGGCUCUUGAUUUUAAAGCCUUGUGUGGGUAGCGCUUUUAUUGCGAUGCAAGGGCCUGGGUGUAAACUCCCGGCUCAUGUUUUCUCGAUCUGUGGUAAUUGUUUUUCAAUACCCACAGACUACCGCGCAGGAUAUUUUUUUCGAUACGAUGAGGGACAGCCUGUGUAUCUUUAUAAUUCUGAUACAUGCGAGGGUACACCACAUACUGUGCUUGCUGAAUAUACACAGGACUGCACUGGUUUUGGGUGGAAUAAUGUCUACAUUGGGUGCCCAUAA